ACUACAGCAGGCCCCACCUCCUCCACCAUGUCUGCCAUGGAUUACACGUACAACAGGAAUGAAAACCUGAGAACACAUGACAAUAUCUUGGCACACAUUGGGAAUACGCCCCUUGUUAAGCUCAACAACAUACCGAAGACUUAUGGCCUGAAGUGUGAUGUGUAUGCAAAAUGCGAGUUUUUCAAUGCUGGAGGGAGUGUGAAGGACCGUAUCGCUCUCCGCAUGGUGGAAGAUGCGGAGAGGAAGGGUCUCAUCACACCAGGUGUUUCGGUGCUUAUUGAGCCUACAUCUGGAAACACAGGCAUUGGGCUGGCUCUGUGUGGAGCUGUGAAGGGCUACCGCUGUAUCAUUGUAAUGCCUGAGAAGAUGAGCAAUGAGAAGGUGGAUGUCCUGAGGGCCCUUGGUGCUGAAAUUGUGCGGACACCCACCAGUGCAGCCUGGGACUCCCCAGAAUCCCACAUUUCUGUGGCAAAGAGGCUGGAGAAGGAGAUUCCUGGUGCAAUAAUCCUGGAUCAGUACAAGAACCCUGCCAACCCCAUGGCCCAUUAUGAGGGAACAGCUGAGGAAAUUCUGCAACAGACAGGUGGCAACAUUGACAUGCUGGUUGCAGGAGCUGGAACCGGAGGAACAAUUACUGGCAUUGCUCGGAAACUUAAGGAAAGAAUCCCAGACUGCAAAAUUGUUGGGGUGGACCCCUUUGGCUCUAUCUUGGCACAACCUGAAGAACUGAACAAAUCAGAUGUUUCGGCAUAUGAAGUAGAGGGUAUCGGAUACGACUUCAUCCCCAAUGUUCUAGAUCGGGAUCUGGUUGACAAGUGGAUGAAGAGCAAUGACAAAGACUCGCUGAUCAUGGCACGCAGGCUCAUCAAGGAGGAAGGACUCUUGUGCGGCGGUAGUUGUGGUGCUGCAAUGCAUUCGGCUAUGCUGGCUGCACAGGAGCUGGAGGCUGGGCAGCGAUGCGUGGUUGUCCUGCCUGACUCAGUGCGCAACUACAUGACCAAGCACCUCUCGGACAAGUGGAUGGAGGAGAAGGACUUCAUCAGUGAGAAGGAAGAUACUGAUAAUAAGCACUGGUGGUCAAAUCUGAAAGUGUCUUCCCUCCCACUGGCUGCUCCGUUGACUGUGCAGCCAACCAUUGCAUGUGAGGAUGCCAUUGCCAUAAUGCAGCGUGAAGGCUAUGACCAACUUCCUGUUGUGGAUCAUGAAGGGAUCAUCCAAGGUGUGGUAACUUUGGGUUCUCUGAUGUCAAAGCUGGUUUCCUCAAAGGUGGAAGGCUCAAGCCCCGUGCAACAGUCGCUCUACUCUCAGUUCCGAAAGAUCAAGCUGGACACAACACUCGGAAAACUCUCCCGUAUCUUGGACCGUGAUCACUUUGCUCUCAUCGUCCACACCCAACGUCUGUCCCCAGAACUACAACUUGUUUUCUCUCCUCCAUCACACCGUGGAACAGGCCGAGGAUCUCUCGACAUGGAGCAGUGUGUCAUCGAGAAGGAGGUCUGCAUUGGCAUCGUGACUCAGAUUGACCUGCUUACGCACAUCACUCGUCAGCAAAAAGACCAAAAGGAAUAUUCAGACGAAUAAACUUGCAUCCCUGGCCACUGGGCGAUGUUUCGGCAAUGUUCGUUUGUCAGCCAUUCAUUGUUUUUUGUUUUAAAUAGUUAUGUGAUUAUUAAUUUUUGUUAGUAUCAGUAUGUUCUUGAUAUUUUUGUCAUUAGGUCAUUGUAUUAUUCUGAGAUAUUUAAAUGGAUUAUCGUAUAUUGUAAAUUCGUUUUUAGUACUAAGAAUUUGUCAUUCAAUUUGAUGUUUAUAGUUGGGUAUUUGCUUUCAUUUUCAUUCACUGGUCUCAUUCAUACAUAUAGUUUGGAUUUUUGUUUGAUAAUGGUUGAGGUUGCAUGCAUACUUAAUGCAUUUUAGGUGCUCUGUGGUUGCAAGAAAGUCUUGAAAAAAACACUAUAUUAACAGUAUCCGAAUCAAGAUAAUUUAGAAACAGACCUAUAGACCACAGAUAUUUUUUUCUAUUUAAAGUGGAUUAUGAUACUAGUAAGUGCAAUUAAAAGAUUGCAUAUGCUGGUUAGUUAUUUUCAUUAGGCUAUAAAAGCAGCUGCUUUGAUGCUUUAAUGAUGAGAAAAGAUGAAGGCAUAUUGAAAACUAGAAAAAAAUAUGGUUAAAGGCACUUUUUAUUAAGGUUAUGUUUAUUUUAUUAUUAAUAUGAAUAUAUCCUUUACAGUUCCAUCUUCAUACAUGAAUUAACAUUCCAUUUAUUUUACCUUUUUUUUUCAUGAAUUAUCACAUCAUCUGAAUGUUAAUUUUUGAAGAAGAAUUAUGGCCUCCUUGUUCGCACUAAAUAAUUUUUCCCAAAUAUAUGUUUGCUCAAAUAUUGGUAAAUGAAAGUUGAUGCCUUCAUUCACUUUUAGAAAACCAAUGUAUUCUCCAUGACAUGCAGGAGCUUUAUAAACAAGAAAAAGAUACUUCACUCACUAUGAACUAGACGUAGCAGUAGGGAUUAUCUAGGACAUUACAAUGAUAAUUUUUAUAUGCAAAAAAAAGAUUGAAAAAAAUGGCAAAAAUCCUGAUCUAUUUUUUAAGCAGGUCAUUCAAUUGAUACAUUUAUACAUUCCAUAGUGAAUCAAAGGAAUUUCAUAAAAUGUCUCAAUAUUUUUAUCACAUUUUUUACCAAGUCAAAUAUUUUGUAUCACAUUUAAUUUAUUAAAACUAUUUCUGUAUCAUACAUAAACCUGACUGUUAUUUCCAUAGAGAUAAAAUUAUAGAAAUACUUCAACAAAAAUUGGCAUUAAAUUUCUCACUUAUUUGACUGAUUUUCAAAUUUAUCAUAUACAUCACUUUUUACCAGGUCUCUCUGUACAUGUUCUGCUAUAAUAGAUGAAUAAAUUAGUGAAAAAC